AUGUUAAAGAAGCCACAGGAAGUCAGGGGCAAGUUCAAGGAAAUCUGUUAACAUCCAAAUGGUGUCUGCCAAUCACACUGCAUUGAAACAGAAGUCUACAUUGGGAUGUGUUUAAAUAAAUGACCUUGCUGCCUGCCCACGGGGCAUCAACCCAGAGGAAAAAUGCACUCCCUCUCAUGCAAGCUUUCAGUGUCACCCUCUCAGUAA